UUAAAGUAUACAAGUUCUAUUUAGCUAUAUUCUCAUAUCUCAAUUACUUGGAUUAUUUCAACUACAAAACGGCACAAGUGUACUACUAGAACUACAGCAGACAUUUUUAUUGUAAUAAACCAUCAACUGCAACAAUGAAGAAAACUUUUGCCUUGUUAGCAAAAAAGAUGACCACCAGUGUUCCAGAUUAAAACUCUGACGUCUCGGCCAAAGCCUUCAAGGAGUAAAACACAGUACAAAACACCUCUUAGUCUCCCCUAUGUUGUAAGAGCCAAAGUGUCUUCCCUUCCAGACUGCUUCUACCUUCUUUACAGAUACUGCUACAGCUCCUGGAAUAAGGCCUGUGCUCUACUGCAUAGCCAGUUUAAACUAAGAAUUUUAUGACUGUGACACUGAAGCAGGUGAUUUAUUUCUACUGAGAAGUCUUACUGCUCAUCACCAGCAUUUGAUGCAAAAAGUGACUGCAACUUUGAGCCACAUGUACCCAGAAUGUGUUGAAAGGCAGCUGGUGUUUCAGGCCGAAUUGUGAUGUUUCGUUGCAUAAGUAGUAAACUUAUUUGAAUGGCAGUAGACCAGAGAUAAACAAUACAGAUGGAAAAAAUCCAAAAGCCAACUCUAACGUCUCCUGGGUCCGUUUACUCCUCCCAUGGAUCUAGUGCACCAGGUUCCCCUGGUUCUACAAUUGUGGCUAAACUUGACAACAAGGUUGUGAACUACAAGGACCUUGCUGCUAUUCCAAAGGACAAAGCUAUUUUGGACAUUGAGCGACCAGAUUUGAUGAUUUAUGAACCACAUUUCAACUACUCAGUUGUGGAACACACAGACGUGCCAAGGAGUCGAGAACGUUCUUUAUCACCCAGGUCAGCAUCCCCUCCACCAUCUCCAGACAUCAUACAGGAUGGGACCGAUCCAAAGUCAAGAGUUUCCAGUAUAGGACAGUCUACCUUGGGCCCUUCCAGUGGACGGAUACACUUUCACAGACCAGAAAGCAGUACCAAUAUAUAUAAAAAACCUCCAAACUACAGACAGCGAGAUUCCACAGCUGGGAUCCCUCAGUCAAAGCAUAUAGAAGACCUUAUCAUUGAAUCAUCCAAGUUCCCAGCAGCACACCCUCCUGAUCCCAGCAAGCCAGCCAAGAUUGAAACAGAUUACUGGCCCUGUCCGCCCUCCUUGGCAGUAGUAGAGAAAGAGAGGAAGAAGCACUCACUUUCAAAUGAAGAUGAAGAUACAGAGGAGGAUCUGACAGAUGAAGUAAAAGAGCUCAGAGAACGUCAGAAACAAGAACUUAAUAAGAUUCCAUCACAUUUGGGAAAAAUGAUAAUAAAAGAAGAACUGGAAAAAUCUGUUCCUGUCAGAAGAAAGACACGCUCUCUCCCUGAUCGAACACCAUUGCAUACAUCUCCACAUACUGCUGCUUCCAAGUCUCCCUCUUUUCCGGCUUAUGAAAGGAACAGCCUUGUAAGGCUACAGUCAGAUGAUUUCACCCCUCCAGGGAGUGGCAGAGGCAGUCCAGAUCUUCAGAAUGGAACUGCACAGAGAGUUAGAAUGGACCGUGGAAAUUCUCUUCCCAGUAUGCUGGAUGUAAAGAUUAAAAGGCUGUCAGGAGACAGAGAUAGGCUGAUGGUGAUGAGGAGGAUGGUGCAGGCCCUGCAAGACCAGUACAGGGCGAGGUGCCCAAAAGUGAGGCGCCUGAUCUAUCCAUACGAACAAUUAAAAAUCAACAGCAUAGGCCGGACCAAGCUCCCACUGGGUGUGGACAGAACAAGACUGGAGAGGCACUUGUCACCCGAAGAGUUUCAACUGAUCUUUAGCAUGCCUGUAGAAGAAUUCAACCAGUUGUCACUGUGGAGGAGAAAUGAGCUGAAGAAAAAGGCUUGCCUUUUCUGAUCUGAGGGACCAUAAAUCAACAGUCCUUUGGGGAUGCAAUGACAAUACUAAAGUCUGGAGAGGAAAAAGAAAUGGAUACUUAAGCUUUUCAGUGACAUUUGAUUCACACAGCUCUCUGCCCGGCAGUGUGGUUUGCACAAUAAAUAAAUAAAAAAAAUAUAUUGUUAUGUUCAAAAUAGCAUGUCAUAUCUGUACUGAAGAAUACACAAUGGCAGAAAUAGUGCAGCUUAAAUACAAGCCUGCAUUGCACGAUGGAAAAGCACUUCACUGAGAACAGCAAACCAUUAUGUUUCCCCAGUUUUCAGUGACAUGUGCUUAUGGUAAAAUAACUGUUAAUCUGUUGCUCAUAAGUGAUUCACAGCCUCUGUCACCAAGUGUGAUAUCAGUGUGCACAAUGUUGCUUGUAAUUUUAUGGUCACAUACUACUCCCACCACAAAAUCUAGAGACCUUAAAGAUCUACUCUGCACUUGUGUUAGUUAACAGCUGAUCACGGAAUAUUUUUUAUAUGUAUGAUACUUUUUUUGUGUUCUUCAUAUUUGUAGAUCUAUGUUACCUUUACCUUUAAAUUCAGUAGUUGAAAUGUUAAGUUUUGGUUACCCUGUUCCAUUUUCUGAGGUUUACAGACACCCUGAGCAAAGGUUGCAUGCUGAGGUUUAGUACAAUACAGGAUCUACUGGCAUACUGUGUGGGGCUGUUCUGUAGCUUUAGUAGCCUUCUGCUUUUGUUUUAUGGCCUACGUUACAUGCACCAAAAGGCUACAGACCGUCUGUUUUAAAAGCAAGCAAGCAGUAUGGUGCUGUACAGUGUGUGUGUGAGCGAGAGAAAGUGUGUGCGUGAGGUAGUCUAUGUAAAAAAAGAGAAACUUAAUCUUGCUUCUAGUUGUGUCUGCCUUUCAGAAGGGUCCACAGCAAUGUGAAAUUAAUUGAGCAGCAGAACUGCCCAUGAUGACCAAUGCCUUUCAUUAGCAUUUUUAUGUAAGGGUUCAGCUUUAGGAAGUCAAUGUUUUUUGACAGAUGUAUUAAUGAAAUAAAUUUAUAAGUCAUGCUAUUAAAAGUGUUUAGAGAGGAAAAAUAGUGUCCUUCUAGUCAUGGAACUCCUCCUAUAUGGGUAUGUAUGUAUAUAUAUAUAUAUAUAUAUAUAUAUAUAUGUAUAUAUAUGUAGAGAGAGAGAGAUCUACUUCACUUCACCUACAUCUCAUUUGACUGACUUUCAUUUGACCGAGACCAAAUCACCUAAAAGUUCAAAUGACCUGGGUAUUGAUAUAUUGCCCUCUACAUCUCGUUUGAUGUGUAGUAAACCUGACUCUCCUACUCUUUUCUCCUAUAUCCCAGUUAUGUUUAUGGCGGCUUUCCUCUGGACUCUAUCCAGCAGGCAGAUCUCCUCUUCCCUCUUGCCCCCCCCCCCCCCCCAUGGAAAUGCACACAGUGCUCAAUGUCCUGUACAAGAAUACAACCUAGCAAUUUGUUCUUUGCUGCCAUGACUAGCUGAUUCUGCCUCUUCCUGCUUUUUAGCCAUCACUUCUCCUUUCUCCAUCUGAUACUUCACACCAGGGGUGUUGUGCAGUAUUUAAUAUGCCUGCAUUAAAUCUCAUUUGCCAUCCUUCCUUACUACUAAGUCAGCCUUCUUGGGGCCUUUCAUUAGACUUUUCCCCCAUUUUCUACAGCUGCAGCUUUGAAGUUUAAAUGAAGACUCUGCAUGUUUUAACGUGUUUGGACUGAAUGCAGAGAAGAACGCUGUACCAAGGAGUAAACCCUGCAGGACUUAACUGAUCAACUUCAUAUUUGCAUGACGCUUUCCCUGUCACUACAAUACUGAAUUUCCUAUCCAUAAACUUUGUAGGAAUCCAAUUCCUCAUCGUUAGAUCUAUCAUUUACAAUUUUCUAGGCAGCUACCAAUGCAGGACCAAAUCAAUGACCUUGACAAAGCCCAGGUAGAAGAUAACUACCUAUAAUCCUACUGGUAUGUUCUUUUGCAACCCAUUCAUGAAACUGAUUCAUUUUCAUCAAGGGCCUCUGCUUGGUCGUAGAUCCAUGUUGGUUGUCCAAGAGCAUGUGGUCGCCAAAAAAUAGUAUCCAGCCUUUCUCUCAGGAUUCUCUUCACAGGUUUUUAUGCUGCCACAUUUUGUCUACUAGGCCUUUAGUGUCUCAGACUGUCUUGGUCCCACCUCAUUACAAGAAGGUAACUCUUGUCAUCAGGCAUUUUGAUCAGUUAUCCCUUAAAGCCCUCCAUGUUGGAAUCUGCAAACACACUGAUUACACUAGGACUUUGUGCGUUGGUGCGGUUAGUCCAUUUGCUUGACACAUUCACAGGGUAGACAUUUCCAUUUCCUUCCUAUUCUAGAGUCCAGAUACUGAAGUUCCAUGCUUCCUACCUCCAUUUCGGCAUCACAUCCUCCUUUUUCUUUUCUUUCUGAAGCUUGAGCGAAAGUAUACAUUUAUAAACUCUGCUUGUGCCUGGCAUUCCAUGAUCUCCCACCAAUAGUCUUAUCUUAACUAGUUGUAUCCCACCCUUCUUCCUUCCUGCUAUGUAGGGUAAACAAAAAAGGUGUUGUUCUCCUUAUUGAUUAUGGACCUGUGCUGUCCUGACUACUUUCUUUACCUUUUUGCUUGCUUCCCUAUUCUGUGCCUUCAUCUCAUCACUGUCUCUCACAUCACUUGUAUAUUCUCACUUCUGCUGUACCUGCUAGCCUCACAUUUCUGUAUGGCCACACUUUCCUGCAGCCUGGAACACUCUAUCCCUGACCCAUUCAUACAGAUUAUUCAAUCCUGAAUUUUACUUUUGUAUCUCCUACUUCAUCUUUCACAUUAUUCCAUUUUAGUUUACUCCACCCCUAAAGUCACAAAUCACUGCACUUCUCCGACUUUCUACUUCAGUGGCAUUAAUUCAACUGGAUAAUGGCACCUAAAGAUGGACAUUGAUAAGGCCAUCCAGUUCAGUAAACAUAUCAUCCAAAAUUCUGCUCUUCCCAGUGCAGUCGUGCAUCAGCUGGAUGAGAUGUCCUGGUCUAGGACUUCACUCACCUCCCCAUGUUUGACUUACACGAAUCCACACCUUCCUCUUGAGGAUCAUCAUGAGCACCUCCUCCCAUGUGUUAAGGGCAUUUCUCAUGCUUGGUUUCAAUACAAAGUGGUCACUAAUAAUUCCCACUGGUGAUUCUGAAUGGCUGUCGUCAUCACAUCCUUUAUGCUGUACUCACACUGCUGUCUCGUUCUUUAUUUUCUGCCCAGUAUCAGUCUGUCUCCUGCAGGUAUACUUUGACAUAGCUCAUGUCAUUAUUCCUGCUGAGAGUUGCCCAUCAUGUGCUGCAGCUGAUCAUUUUCCCAUUCCUCCUGUUCUUUUCCUACAAGACCUACAUCUUCCAUUUCUGACUCCUCCUUUUACUUGUCUGUCUUCAUCUUCUGCUUCUACUCUUCCCUCUGCUUGUCUCCAUACUGAGUAUCGCCUUGCUGUCUCACAUCCCUGUCUGAGUAUCUCUACCCAUUACUUUCCUGUUGUCCCUCAGAUGUUACUUACGAGUUCUGACUAAUUCAGCUUCUUCACUAUCACUGGUGUCUCUCCCCAUCCCUCCACUCUGUUCCCUUUUCCGUAUCUGUUUUGUAGGUGCAUCUCCCACCUAAUCCUUUUUUUAUUUUACUCAUUUAUUGGGAAUGUAGUUUUUUUUUUUUGCCACCAUGUCCAUCCAUAGGUUUCAACCUGUUAAGAGGUCAGUGUGGAACACAGAACCUGCCAAUGUGUGUCAAACAAACAAAAUGUGGAACACCACUGUGCCAGGCUGAAAUGGGCUUUUAAGCAAAAUCAGUAAGUUGAAGUAUAUAUCAACCAAAACUUAACACUUUACACAUGAAAAAUUAUUUUACAAAAAACAGUGUAUAAUUGAAGCCAAAAAUGUAUUCUGUAAUCAGAAAAACACUACUAUAUUUAAGUACAUAAUCAAUGACAAAUAAUCCACUUACAGUCACAAAGCAAAAGCAGCAACUCUGCUUAAGACUGAGCUCUUAAUAACCUAUGAACUUUUUCCAAUGAGCAAUUACAUUUCAGUGGAUUUAUUAAACAAUACCACUCAAGUGUCCUUCAUUAUAAGGAAUAUCCUCAUUUUUGAGUCGUAAAAUGUCCAUGUGCCUUGAAGUUCCACACUGAAAGGAUCAGUCACACAGUCAGUGUUAAAACAAUUUUAACAGAUUCACAGUAAACAAUACUGAAUCUUAAUAAUGCAUAACAGUCAAUUAUUGUAAGUAUAAAGUAACUGAUGAUUGCUACCCUGUGAGCUCCUAGUUGAAGUUUAAGUAAGCUGUUGUGCCCCCACCUAUAGACACUGAAGAAGGAGAGCUUGAGCUGCGCCCUUGUAAACAUAACAUACUUAAGCUGCCAGAACCACCCCCCCCAAUCCACAGCAGAGAAUUCCCAUAUCCUGUACACACUAAUUGAUAUUUAUGGUAAAUAAUAACUUAACAUUUUUUAUUGUGUGAGCUCUUAGUUGAAGUUAUUACUAAACUGUUCUGUCUUUCUACAGACACAGAAAACAUUAAAAAACUGCUAGAAAGUCCCUAACCCUCUUAAACACUGAGCUGCAAGACUUUGCCUACCCCCCACCAAACGUACAGCAAUAUGCAAGUUUACAUAUUUUUUCUCCACUGUUCUAGCAAAACCUGGACUAAAAAUUAGGCAGCCAAGAUAUGCUGAAGAAAUCACAGAUCAUUUUAUUUUUUUUUUUGAGUACUGGACUGCACACUGUACUGUAGUCUCCACUCUUCACUGGUCUUCUGUUCUGUUCCACAAUACUAAUAAGGAUAUAAUAUAUCUUUUAGGCUUGAAGUCAAACUGCCUGCAGUCCUCAAAAGUUUGCCGGCAGCCAAAAUAAUCCAUCAGUGCCAGGAACCUCUUGAAUCCUAAUGCUGACGCCCUUUUGUUCUUGCCUUAAAUCCCCAAAGAAAAAGUGCUCCCAGCAAUACCAUUUUUAAAGGCAUUGCAGUGGCAUGAAAACUGUAGCCCAGAAGUCACUAACUGGUUACUGACUGUUCUUUUUUCUGCUUCUCCUGGUUAAUUUGCUUACCUUGAUUGGCUCAUAUACCUGUAGGCUGAUUGGCUAUCUUUGUGGUGUAUGAGUCAGUCAGAAUGUGCAAAGUGGAGCCAACACGCUUAAUGCAGAUCUUUGUGAGCACUGCGCCUUUAAUGCAGUGCGUUCCUCAUAAUCUGGAGCAGUUGGAAGGUGAGUGCUCAUCAUUAUUGUCCCUACCUUGCUGGUUUGGAGCCUAUUCAUAAUAUGAUGCUUGGGGGGCGUCUUUGGCAUGGGGGUGAGAACCAACUGCAGGGGGCUACCAUUCAGGAAGCCAUUGAGAUUGUUUGUGCCCUUGCUUACAUUGACCAAUGAGGCUGUUUCCUUUCUGAUUCUCAGCCCCACUCCUAGUGGGUAAUGUUAGCUUGAAUCAGUAGGGGGUCCUACUGUGCCCUAUUUGUGUAUGGGUGGUCCCACCUACAUCCCUUGUUAAUAUUUGCAGUGUCAUCACCUGUAGGCCUCUACUUAUAAGUGAAGGCAUCAUUCCCUCCCUCCUGUUGGGUAGAAGGGCAUGUGCUAGUCACUUAUCUCCACCCACUUCUUCUAUUGGCCAAGCAGUAGUCUACUUUUGUUCAUCUGGGCUUUAGUUAGGGCUUUAUUCCUCUGUGACACAGAGCUAGGCUCUUUGUUCAGCUUGGUAAUGAAGAGGUACACUCCUCUCCUGUACAGCAUAACCCUAUGUGUUGUAGUUAGCUGUCCUGUAAAAAGUUAACCCCUUGAACCUGGUGUAGUCUGGGUAAUGAGAAGCAGUGUGAACAGGUACCUCAGUCCUGCUCAACAUCAGCAUUUAGCUAUGAAUGUUGUCCAGAGUUUUGCCCAACACUGUUUGCAUUCCUGCAUUUAAAUGCAUUAAGAAGUGGUACUCCUGUCUAAUGUUAUAGUCAAAUUAUGAUCAAAUCUAUUACAUUUUCCUGUAAAAACAUAUGAUUGUGAGAGUUGGGCUUACAGGUAAGGUUAUAUGCCAGAAUAUCAAGGCUUCUGAUCUGUGAUGUUAGAGAAAACCUUUGAGACUUCCAUAGACUGUAAGAAGAUGCAACCAGUGAACACUUAGGAAAUAAAUCCAGACUGCUCACUGAAAUAUCUAAUAGUAAAACUAAAAGUCUGAUAAUUUGGAUACAUAAUGAAAAGGCACUAAUGCUGGGAAAGAUCAAAGACAAAAGUAGGAAGGGUGGCAGAGGUUAAAGUAGAUGGGCAGCAUUACUCAAGUACUGAAUAUGAAUUUGCAGGAUAAAGGCAGUUUUUGACAAACAGACCUUGAAUUCUAAACAUCUUGAGGUCCCAAAGAAUUAGAUUUGACUAAAUGACUAACUGACAGUGACAGCAGCAGUAGCAAGAACUCCUGUUCUGCCCAACAAGAUUCUAAGUAUUGUGUUUAACAUACUGUGAAUAAAUACUAACAUCCUGUGUAAAAGUAAUGUGAUGCCUGCAUCUAGCCCUUUUAAAUGAAAUGUUUUUGCACAAGGUCACACACCCAAACCCCCUCCUAUUUUUUGGCAUACAUUGGCCCCCAUCACUUCUGCCUUCCAAGGUUUCCUCAUACUUCUCUGUUGCUAGCUACCCCUUUUCACUGCUGGUGAGACACUGUUUUUAAAUAAGACAGUGUACGCACACAAGGGACCUGCUUGACCUUUCUUUAAUGUGGUUGCAUGCAGUGACAUCAUGGCUAUGCACGUGCUUCCAUGCAUGUCCAGCCUGCCACCAAACCCAGACAUUAACCACAGGUUCAAGCCACUGUGGGGAUAUUCCCAUAAUUACAUGGAUUUAACCUCCUCACAUGGUGGAGGUAUCCCUGGAAAUUAUAGAAGGGCAUAGCAUGCUAGUAAAUUAUUUAUAGGCUGUGAUGAAUGAAAAGACAUGCCUAAGCAGUUUGUGCAACUUGAUAUAUUGCCAAAUAAAGGUAUAUACUUUUGUUGUAA